AUGGCCUUCUUUCCGCGCAAAUUGUACAACGCCGAAACCUCCUUCACCCCUCUCUUUCGUCUUCUUGAUGACUUCGAGGACUACUCUCGUCAGUCUUGCGGACCUACGCAUCAUGGCCGACGCUCGGCACUCCCCACCUGGCAGCCCAAGUUUGACAUUCGCGAGACGGGCGACAACUACGAGCUCCACGGAGAGCUGCCUGGAAUGAGCAAGGAGAACGUCAAUAUUGAGUUCACCGACAAUCAGACAAUGCUUGUUCGUGGCAAGGUCGAGCGAACCUACACCGCUGGAACGCCACCAGAUGCGGCUGGUCAAGUUGAAGACACAGCCAUGAGCGGCGGCAUAACGGAAGGGGAAGAGUCCAAGACUACGCACAACGCCACCGUCGAAGAUGAGGACGAGACCGACAGCAGCAAGGACUCGGCUACGGAAGUCGAUGAGAAGAAGGAGUCGAAGCCGGCGGACAAGGCCAAGUACUGGCUGUCCGAGCGCAGCAUUGGCGAGUUCUCUCGAAGCUUCUACUUCCCGGCUCGUGUCGACCAGGACGCGGUCAGCGCUACGAUUCAGGAUGGCGUGCUCACCAUCAUCGCGCCCAAGGUCAAGCGUCACGAAUCACGCCGCAUCGCUAUCAACUGA